UGGCUAUUUCCGGACAUGCUCGGAGAGUUGAUUGGUGGCGGGGAUGACGCAGGCUGUACGGUGACGUGCAUUGCGGGUGACGGAGCUGCUGGACUCGGAGGUGGCGGAGGCUCCGGGCUGUAGCGGAAUACAGAGCGGCAGGAAUGGGUCAGGAAGCUGGUAAGACUGCCUGGCCUAAACCUUCUGGGGGAUAUCAGACGCUCACGGGACGGAGAUAUGGAAGAAGACAUGCAUAUAUUAGUUUCCGACCCUCUCUAGAGAGUCCUAACAGAUCUUCAGCUCGGCAGAAGAGUGAAGGUGAAGGCCUGGAAUUGGACAGUGUGCAGAAGGAAAACAAUUUAACUUCCAGCGAAAGCCAUGAUUCAUCACUUUCCAGCAUGUGUAGCGCUUUGUCUGAUUUGCAAGAAGAGAGCAAAACACUGAAUACUAAUGCUGGUUUGUCUCUGUUUACUCACUCUGAGGAACAUGCUUUGCCCCCCUUGUCAAUGUCAGAACAUGCUAGGGGCUGGCAGAAAUUAAAUAACAGUGACUGCGAGGAAAGCUCUAAAACUUUAAUGCAUGCUCCAGUGGAGCACCCACAUCACGCUCAUCAAAACGAUGUCUGUUUUGUUACUAUAGACUCUUUUGAGCCAGACAGCAGUGAUGGAGAAGAAAAUGUUAGUCUUUAUGAAGAUGUUUCUUUAAAAACUGAGGCAGAUGGAAACCCGACAGUCAUCAGCAAUGCAAUAUGUGAACUCCAAAAGGAUUCUCCCAAAGAAAAGCUUUCAGACUUCUCCACCAUAAAUCGCACAUGUGUACAGGACAGUUUAUCUCAGGGGCGUAUCACCUCAUUAUCCCAACAUUCGACCCUGGACCUAUACACAACACCAUGGAGUUUUUCUGCUAGCUCUGUAUCAGAGGAUGAAGCUACGGGUGUUGGAAGUGUAGAACUUUAUGAAUCCCAGCAAAACAAAAGUAAAACAGACUUAAUUGGGAAAUAUAGCCUUGGAAUUUGUAAUGAAAACAAUACAGGAGGUGCUAAAACUGACCCAACAAACGAGCCAGUUGUCCGACCUAAAAUUAGAAAAACCUACCCUACAGUUUCUGGAAAGGACCCUCUAAUAACCGAUGAGAAUGGAAAGGAAGCCAGGAGCUCUAGAAGAGAAAAGCGGGAAUUGCAUGCCAAUGUACAAAAAUCUAGCAAAGCUGAAAACUUUAACAGCGCAAAGGAGCCUGGCUCUGUGUGUGCUGAGGGCGCCCAAAAGAAAAUCAAGGGAGCUAGCAGGGAUACUUUAACUCCAACAGACAGUAAACCAUUGGUGGAUGACACAUUUUGGGAUGAUUUUGAAGUCUAUGGCUUGAAGAUGAUGGACUCUGUGAAAGAGGAAGACAGCUCUGAGUGCAGUGAUGGGGAAUGGUCUACCUGUUUACCCUCCUAUUUCUCUGCUGAUAAAGAUCAUUCCUCUAGUGAUGAAAGCUGGGAGACUUUGCCUGGAAAAGAAGAGCAUGACGUACAGAGUAAUAGCAGCAGCUUAGAAGAGGAGAAUUCUGACUUUUGCUUCCAGGUUGAGGAACAAACGUCUUUAGAAGAUGGUGAAAUUCCUUGGUUACACUAUCACGAGGACAUAGAGAGCAGCACAGAUGAAGAAAAUGAAAUUGGAAACAAUUAUUUUCCACCAGGAUUUUUUAUUUUAGAUGGCAAUAAUAAUUUAGAAGAUGAUUCAAGUAUGAGUGAAGAUUUGGAAGUUGAAUGGAGAUUGCUGGAUGACUUUGGUGAAGGUAUUGGUGUAGCACAAGCCAUGUCCUUCAUGGAUCCUCACCUUCUUACAUAUAUGGCUCUUGAAGAGCGUCUUGCACAGGCAAUGGAGACUGCUUUGGCUCACUUGGAAUCAUUGGCUGUAGAUGUGGAACAGGCUCACCCUCCAGCUACCAAAGAAAACAUUGACUGUCUUCCUCAGAUCAUUCUUACAGAUGACCACAUAAUUGCAGGUCAAGAGCAAUGCUGUGCCAUAUGCUGUAGUGAGUAUAUAAAAGAGGAAAUAUUAACAGAACUUCCUUGUCACCACAUCUUCCAUAAGUCUUGUGUUGCACUUUGGCUACAAAAAUCCGGAACAUGUCCUGUGUGCCGUCAUGUCCUCACAUCUGUGCUUCCUGAAACUGUAGCAGCCACUUCCUUUCUGUCUGACCAUGACAGCCCUCCAUCUAUUCACAAUGCAGCAGGGACCAGAUAAAAUUUCAAUGGCGAUUCCAGUUGCUUGUUUUCCUUGUAACAUAUAUGUAAGAAAACAAAAGUGUAACCAUACAUCUGUACACAGUAAUAAAAAAUCUGAUCUGUAUUAGUUUAUAGGAGACUAGAAUAUUUAUAAGCCGUGUUUAGUUUAUGGCAUUAGUUGAGUAUUUUAAACUGAUGCUUAAAAGUAUCUGAAAAGAAUUGCAGCAAAAGAUAUUGUCAUGCAAUGUGCUCUAACUUGUGUUCAGCUUGCCUUUUUUUUGUGGCACAGCAUAUUUUGUUGUGUUUUUUUUUUUUUUUUGUUUUUUUUUUUUUUUUUUGUUUUUUUCCUUCUUAACUGCAAUGCAGUUAGGAGCUUUACAGAAGCUACACAAUCUUGUUUGUUUUAUUUUGAGUUGUUUAUUUUCUUCACAUCGGGUCAAAAACAUCUUGCAGAGCAAUUUGUUCUUGUGCCCUCUAAUGAUGAAAGGUUGCUGCUGUGCCACUGACUUUUGUAACUGAUCAACUGAUCUUUCAUGUUUGCAUCAAAUGUGAAGAUGUUCUUUAAGCAAAACAAUAGUUUAUUCCACUAAAAAUUAAAGUGCAUAAUUAAAACAUUA